CAGUCCGUGUGACUGUUUACACAGGUAUCUCCCAGAAAACCUGUCUGAUCAGUGCCUGCUCUGGCUAAGGCAUGAGUGAAGUCAGUCCACAGAGAGGGAAGGGGGACACGGUAACAGACCCUGACAGAAUGACCUGGUAGAUAUUCAAUGCGGGUGAUUAGAUGGACCUGGGAUUCUAAUGUGGCCUCUGACGAUCUGGAGCACCCACACGACCAUUCUUCUCCUUGCUGUGCUGUUCACUGGCUUGUGCUGCUUAACACAAGCAAUUACAAUAACAGCUCCAGAAUACAGUCUCAUCAAGUCGGUGCAGGAGGAUGUGCUCUUUUCUGUGGGGAUUGCAUGCCAUGGAACACCCACAAUCCAGUGGACAUUCAUGUCUUCAAGGAGCAGGCGGGACAUUGCAGUCUGGCAGCCGGGUGUGUUCAGAAACAUAUCAGAGUAUUAUGAGGACAGGCUGCAAACACAUAACAAUGGAUCAAUAACACUUUUGGACCUACGUCUGUCGGACUCUGGUGUCUAUGUACUGGCAGUGACUGAACCCACUGGAAACAGCAAAGGCUCAACCAUCAUAUUGAAGGUCACAGAGGUCCUCUAUGAGGACUUGCAGUAUUUAGGUGUCUUUGUCACUGUCCUUGGGGGCAUGGCUGGGUUCCUAAUGCUAUCCAUGUGGCUUCUGGACAAAGUUUACAGACGAGUUAAAACAUGGAGGAGAAUGAGAAAACUGCCAGAACAGGAUGAGACAGAGUUGCAGCCGCUCUGAACAGAGAACAUUAAAGCCAGAAGUCAAAUCCUAGCUACUGUAUGAAAGAACAUCAGUGAAUUGCAUGGAAUAAAGGAUCUACAAGAUACCAGGGCCUCGGGUGCUUGGAACUCACCCAUCCCAUUCAUAACAAGUUACUUCACACAACACAAAAUCUGCCUCAUGCCCACUUUAGCUGGACUCAUCUAACCUGCCAUUAGUGUUCAAAGAAACUUCUACUGAUGGCCCUCUUGGUCUAACACGCUUGGCACAGACAAACAAGUUGAUGCAAGAACAAUCCAGCUGAGGACUGACAAGAGACUCGUGGUCAGACCUGCACUGCACCUGAUCUGUACAGGACUUAAGUAGGGCUGGUAUAGUGGGGGAAGGGGAUGCGAUUUCCUUAGGCACAUAUGCUGGGAACACCAGCAUAUACUGACUAAAACAAUAUUCACUUCGGCCACAUUCCAAGGGACUGCCGUGGCUGGAAAAUUACUGAAAAGGGAAGAUCUUUGAAAUGUGUGGGAAAGAAGUUAAAGGAAGUUGACACUGUAUGUAUAUUAUGUACAGAUUUUCUUGUUGAUAUUGUGACGUGCAUCCUGUUUAAAUGUCUAAAGAAAAUACCUCCAUUAACCUUAUGAAGAAGCACAGUUGGAAAAGUACAACUGACAUUGUAAGCUGUUAGUAAAACCAAUUAAAGUUAUAUUUU